AUGACGUUCCCCGGGCGUUGUUUAGCAGAUUCAACUUCAUUAGCGGCGGCGCGACGGGAUGGGUCCUUUGCCGCCGCGCCCGGCAUCGUCCUCAAGUACGUCUGCGUCGGCCGCCUCGACGAGUUCCACGUCGAGAAUGAAACGUACGACCUGAUUGAGCGACACAACCCUCCCCCACAUUUCAUCCGGAGCUUCCUCCGCCUCCCCUACGCGCACUUCAUGCAGCGGCCGCCCGAGAGCCUCGAGGAGCGCCUGCGCGGCAACCGGCGCGUGGAUCCCGAGACCGGCCGCUGCCUCGAAGGUGCUGCGGCUGGAGCCGACCGUCCGCGUCGGGCGCUGGGCCGCGGAGGCUGUCCGCGGCGCUUCGCCUGGCUCGAGGGCGCGCUCGGCGUGGUCCAGGGCGACCUGCGCAUGGCCAACCUCCUGCUCGACGCCGAGGAGCACCUCAAGGUGGCCGACUUUGACUGCCGCGCGGGGACGGCGGCCCGUACGCGCCGGGCAACGAGCAGUGCGCCUUUGGCACCUUCCUGUACACGCUGA